GUGGUAAAAAGGGAAAAAGCCGUAAUAAAAAUCAAAAACAAGUUAAGUGUUAUCAGAAUAGACCAAUAAAUUCUGCAUAUUAGUUGACACGUAACGAAAAACAACUUUAUAUUUCUGAAACCACAAACUCACUGUACUUGUAAAAUGCCUCUGAUUUUGUAACUAUAACUUUGCAAACAAAACGAAAACACUGGAAGCGGUGACCGCAAAUUAUAAUAUUGUAAACAAAUGUAAAUUCCAACAUUUCGUGUUAUAUACGUUAAAGGCGUAGCAGUUUUAAGAACAAAGUUCAAAAUGAGGAUACGCCGACUAACUGCUGUAUUUUGGGCAACAUGUAUAAUAGCAUUUAUAUUUAUAUUAUACGUAGUCACCGAUUUAAGCUUCAAAUUGCCAAGUAUCAAACCAGCAAUGGUGGAGCUUGAUGAUAGCAAAUGGUCUUCAUUUGAAUCUAAGUUACGGCAUAUUGAAAAUGAGCUAAGUGAACACCAUGCCGUUGUGGGUGAAAUAAAGUCUGCAAUGGAGCAAAUGGCCGAACAAUCUCAGGAACAUGGCCCACAGAAGAUCUCACAGCCGCAGCAAAGGGUCACAGGAGAGAAAAAGACAAGAGAGUUUAAGGUUGUCGGUGAUGAGCCACCAAGAAUGCAUAAGAAAGUGAACAUGACUAACUGCCCAAUCAUUCAAAGCAAAUCCAAAGUGGAUAUACAGAUGCUAUCAAUGUAUGAGAAAAUACUCUUUGAUGAUAAAGAUGGUGGUGCUUGGAAGCAGGGGUGGAACAUUGAGUACAGGGAAGAUCAGUGGAGCAGCAAGAACAAACUUAAAGUUUUCAUUGUACCACAUUCUCACAAUGAUCCUGGAUGGAUUAAAACAUUUGAGAAUUAUUAUAAACAACAAACAAGAGCUAUAUUUAAUAACAUGAUAGAAAAGCUACCAGAAAAGAAUGGGAGAAAGUUCAUAUGGGCAGAAACUAGCUAUCUUUCACUGUGGUGGACAUCUGAUGCUACUGAAAAAGAUAAGAUAGCUUUUCAAAACUUAUUAAACUCUGGGCAAAUUGAAAUAGUGACAGGUGGGUGGGUGAUGAACGAUGAGGCGAACUCUCACUGGCUGUCUGUUGUUCAGCAGCUCACCACUGGUCACCAAUGGCUACUCGAUAACCUCGGGUACAUCCCCAAAAAUGGGUGGGCAAUAGAUCCAUUCGGUCAUUCGAGUGCCCAACCCUAUUUACUUAAGCUAUCCGGUUUUGAGAAUUCGGUACUACAGAGGGUACAUUACAGAGUGAAGAAAGAGCUGGCUCAAAAUAGACAACUGGAAUUCAAGUGGCGACAAUUAUGGGAUGGUGUUGGUAAAACAGAUAUGUUCACACACAUGAUGCCGUUCUACUCAUAUGAUGUACCACAUUCCUGUGGACCCGAUCCCAAGAUUUGCUGUCAAUUCGACUUUAAGCGCCUACCAGGGAAUGGUAUGAACUGCCCGUGGGGCUUGCAGCCGCGUAAGAUAAUACAGAAAAAUAUAAAUGAAAGAGCGUACUUGAUAGUGGAUCAGUGGCGUAAGAAAGCCCAGCUGUACCGCAGCAAUGUGGUGAUGUUCCCCCUGGGCGACGACUUCCGCUACGACCGGGCCAACGAGUGGGACAACCAGUACUCCAACUACGAGAUGCUCAUCGACUACAUCAACAACAACGACGGGUGGAAUGUCGAGGUACAAUUUGGCACACUCCAAGAUUACUUUAAAGCUGUUCACGAAGAUAUAAAGCUGUCCGACUUCCCCGUCCUGUCUGGGGACUUCUUCACAUAUGCGGACAGGAACCAGCACUACUGGAGCGGCUACUACACCUCGCGGCCCUUCUACAAAAAUAUGGAUAGAGUACUUCUGUCUUAUGUCAGGGCUGCGGAGUGUAUAACGACGCAGGUGGUAAUGUCGGGCGCGGCGUCACACAUCCUGGCGCUGCAGCUGCGGGACCGCGGCGAGGCGGCGCGGCGCGCGCUGGCGUUGUUCCAGCACCACGACGGCGUCACCGGCACAUCGCGAGACGAGGUCCGAGAGGACUACGCCAAGAAAAUGUUUACGGCUAUCAAGUACAGUCAGUCCGCGAUUCAGCAGGCGGCGUACUACCUGCUCAAGCAGCCGGCGAUCAAGGACCAGACGGCGGAGGACAUCUUCUUCACGGUGGACGACAUCUGGCAGCGUCACGACGAGAUCCCGUCGCGCGUCACCGUGAUGCUGGACGAGCUGUCGCCGUCGCGCCGCGUCGCGCUGUACAACCCGCUGCUGUUCACGAGACACGAGGUGCUCACGCUCUACGUGUCGUCCCCGCAUGUCGAGGUGUUCGACCCCGAGGGCAACCCGAUGAUGGCGCAGAUCUCGCCGGUGGUGACGGGCGAGCGGCGGCUGGGGUUCGCCACUGGCAAGUUCCAGCUCUCCUUCCCCGUGUCCGUCACCCCGCUCGCCCUCACCGUCUACACCGUCUCGCUGCGGGACGCCAUGAGCAUUAACAAGUACACAUCAUACUCGCGCGUGCGCGUGUACAACGCGGACUACCUCAACGUGGACCUGCCCAAGAUGUUCGCGGUGGAGCAGCCGAGCGGGCGGCUCGCGGAGGACGUCACGCUGUGGGCGGGGAGUGGAGCGGCCGGCGAGGCGGGUAGUGGCGCGGGUGGCGGUGCGGGCAGUGUGCGCCUCGUCGCCACCAGCGGGGGGCUCGUGAAGGCGCUAGUCACCACCGACGGCCAGACCGUGCCCGUGCACAUGGACUUUGUGCAGUACGACACUCAGAAGACGCGCGACAACAACAGCGGCGCGUACCUGUUCAUGCCGGACGGUCCGGCGCAGAACUUCCGCCCGGACCCCUUCCCCGAGAUGAUCGUCACUGAGGGACCCUUCAAGGCUACAAUGUACACCGCCCUAGUGGGACCCAAGACUGCUGAUAUACUGCUCUCGUUAACAGUAUACAACAACCCGGCGCUGCCGCAGACGGAGGUAGAGGUUAGCAACACGUUGCUGAUAGACCCCGCGGUCGACGACCUCGAGCUCGCCAUGCGCCUCUCCACGCACAUCGCUAACGGCGACGUCUUCUAUACCGACGUUAACGGCAUGCAGAUGAUCAAGCGGCGGUACUUCGACAAGCUGCCGCUACAAGCCAACUUCUACCCGCUGCCGGCGGCCGCGUACAUCGAGGACGAGCGAACGCGCCUCACCGUGCUCACCUCCACGCCGCUCGGCAUGGCCGCGCUGCAGUCCGGACAGAUCGAGAUAAUGCAAGACAGAAGACUGAGUCGCGACGACAACCGCGGCCUCAACCAGGGAGUGUUGGACAACGUGCGCACGAGACACACCUUCAGGCUGAUAGUUGAGAAGAGCGCCACGCCCUGUGUGCGUUCCCUGGAGCAAGCAUACGGCCUGCUGUCGGCGGGCGCGCACGUGUCGCAGCAGCAGCAGCUGUCGCCGGCGCUGGCGCUGCUGCACGCCGCGGACGAGGGCUCGCCGCGGCCGCACCACGCGCGCGCCCGCACCGCCGCCGCAGACAUCGUGCUCGCUGCCGCCAACGCGCACGUCAGCGGCAAGACCAAAGACGGCGUCCUCAUGCAAGGAGUAGGAAUGACGUUCCAAAGAGUGCAGUUCGACUCUUGUUUCGUCAACAAAGAAGUUUCCAAGUCGUUCCCAGCGGGAGACGGACAGAUCCGUCUAUCGGACAUCGUGGAUGUGGCGGCGGAUCAGGUGUUCGACAGCUCGUUGACGUUCGUGCACGUGCGCUCGCCGCUGCCGGGCGGUGAGCUCGCGCUCUGCCCCAUGGAGAUACGAUCUGUGUUCAUCAACCACACGCUAAGGCACUAGGUCUAUAACGGUCGCUCUCAGAGACAUUUUAUUAAUAAUUGCUUAACUUUAAUAUAAUGAAGAGAUUGACAGAAAUUGGAAAGAGUUUAAGACAAAAUCUUCAUUAAAUUAAUGUUAUGUAAUAGUUAAUCUAGUGCUUAGUGAGGUCUCGUCUAGUUACUGCUGUGUGCAAAGUCACGCACACAUCAAUUCACCGUUCCAAUUCGCUGCGUGUAAGUGUGUGUGUGUGUUUACGUACAAAAGUGUUCACUUCAAGCGUACACUGUACCCUCGGCGGCAGUUGUUUACCGGCCUCACUAAUAAAAUAUGCGUCCUAAAACUGUGUGUGUGUGUGUGUCCUUGUCUGAUGCGUAGGAAAUAAAACAAAUACAAUUUGUUAACAUCUCUACAAACAGAACAGUGUGUGUAGUCUGUGUACACCAUGUUAUAUUGUCAAUCACAUCUAUUUAAAACUAGCUUUUAGCGGCCUGUCAGUAUUGGGCUACCGGCUACGGUUUCGUAAUAGAAUAUACUUACUUAAACAUACAAUACUCGAGCAAUGACAAAGGUUAGGCGUUCUUUUUUAAUCACACGUUAGAUAUAUUUGAGUAGUAUGUAUAUUACAAUAGCAUUGUAUUAUAUAACUCCUCGUAUAAUUCAAAGAACCCUGUUAGUCAAGUAAUUUAUUAAAGAUGAUAGAAGUUGUUAUUUUUAAUCGCCAUCGAUUUCAGAAAGUAACGUAGAUUUUUUUCUAAAAAUAUUUUAAAGAAUUUUAUUCUCACAAGAAAGUUGUGUUGUUAGUUGUGACUUGUUAUGACAACAGAACGUACUGAAGCCAUAUUGUGGCCUCGCGCAAACACUACACAGUGUUUACUAAGAAACAGUGUAUUUCUGUUUCUACUUACAAUAAUGAAAGAUGCCAAAUAUCAAUAACUUACGAAUUUAUAUCGUGAAGUUAUAUUAUGCAUCACAAAUUUGAAAUUAUACAUUUUCAGAAAGUGUAGGAUUGAGAAUAAUCGUCUGGUUGCAGGAUAGAGAGAAAUUCGUUCAUUGAUCUACAGUUGUUUGUGUCCUCUUCAUACGCACAUAAAUCACAUUACGCAUGCGUGGAAAUACUUACUACUAUUUUUUUGUAUGAAUGAAAGACAAUCAUACAAGAAAAUAGUAAUAAGUCAAUGGACGGACAUCUCUUUGUCUUAAUUUGACUAUAUUCAUAAGUAUAGAUCGUGUCAGAGUGAGGAUAGAGGUAAGCGGACUGCAUAAUUUUAUUGAAUGCUGUGAUCUCUGAAACAAUGAAAUUAAUAUUAAUAAUAUACACAUAAUAAUUAAACUAUUUUAAUAAUUUAGUCGCGAUUUCGUUUAUUUUCUAAAGAAGACUAGCACUGCAUAUGAACUAAUUUCUUUACUAAUAUUUAUUAUGAUCUACUUUCACAAUAACAAGUAUUUGUUGGUUUUCCUUCGGAUUCUAUCAAUGAAAUUAACUAUUAUAGUUUUUUUUAUUAUAAAAGACAUAUUUAAAAGGUUUAACUUCUUGCAUAUGAAAUGUGUUUAGUUUGAAUUCCGUCCUGAAUUGUUAUUUACGUUUAUUACUCGAAGCGCGUGUUUCUUAGUUACCGUGUUCCAAUUUCUUAAAAUAAAAUAUUAUACUUUUUCAAACUGAA